UAAGGGUUCCGCAACAGCCGAACCUCACGUGUUCGUAAAAAAUAAAUAAAUAUAAAAACUUUUCGCUGAACUAAGAGACGCGGUCAAUUGAAUGCUUUUGACAGUUCUGUGAUGUUGUCUGUGAUAGUACUUGGUUGAUUUUAGAAGGAUAUUCCUUAAUGUGUGAUAAAAAUGGUGACUGAUGCGCAGUGGCUUUUAAUUCUUGGAAUAACUGUACUACAAUUUUCUGUGCUAAAGACCCAAGAGCAAAACUCUUUAAAAGAUGGCCGGGAGAAGAAACCACAGUCUGUCAGGGAUCUCCUCAAAACGGGAUCAUGCAUUCCACCACCAUUCAGAUGUCCACAUCCAAAAAUGCAAUAUUAUCUUUACACAAGAUCGACUCAAGAGAAAGGCGAGUUAAUAAAUACACUCGACAAUGAUUCGCUUACAUAUUCAAAAUUUAACAAAAAGCAUCCGACUAAGAUCGUCGUGCAUGGUUUCGGGGGAGGCAGAAACCUAUCCCCGAGUACUGAUAUGAGAGAAGCGUAUUUCAAACAAGGAAACUAUAAUAUUAUCAUCGUUGAUUAUGGAACUCUUGUGAAGGAACCUUGCCUUAGUCAGAUAGAGUGGGCUCCUCGGUUCGCCAGUAUGUGCAUAACCCAGCUGGUGGAGUACUUACAAUACCACCCUAUCAAGCCAGUACCACCGGAGAAGAUACAUACUAUUGGCUACAGUGUUGGUGCACACAUACUUGGCCUUGUUGCCAAUCAUUUAUCCGAAGGCAAGCUUGGCCGAAUAACUGGUCUUGAUCCAACAAUAUUCUUCUAUAUGGGCAAUAAUAGGUCGCGAGACCUCGAUUAUACGGACGCUCUUUUUGUGGAUAUCUUGCACACAGGCGCCGGAAUUCUCGGUCAGUGGGGCCCGAACGGCCAUGCAGAUUUCUACGUCAAUGGUGGUUCCAGCCAGCCAGGAUGCGCACAUGAUACUAUAUUCCAAACUCUUUCUUGCGAUCACACAAAAGUAACACCAUAUUUCAUCGAGUCUAUCAACAGCCGGGUUGGUUUCUGGGCGGGCCCCUGUCCCAAUCUCUUCUCUUAUUUAAUCGGGUGGUGUGAACCCAAGGACACGGAGUACGUGCUCAUGGGAGAACACGUCACGCAUAAUGCCAGAGGAGUGUAUUAUGUUACCACAAACGCGAAUCCUCCCUACGCUAGAGGCUUCCCGGGAAAGACCCGAAAACUCAGAUCUGUGACUCCAUACAGUUGAUUCAAACUUAAUAGUAUACUUGGUUUCAGGGACUUUCUGGUAGAUAGAUAUUUAAUUCCUUCUUAUAUUUUAUUUUCUACCUCAAAUGUGGUGUAGAGUUAAUUGACAGGUUUACGCACACAUUACAACAUCGCAUACUCAUCCUUUCGUUUAUAAUAAGCGUCCUGUAAAUGGUAAAUAUACUUUGAGUAAUAUUAUGGAGACUGAUCCGUAGCAAGCUGCCUGUAACCUGCGUGCAAUAUGUGUAGGACAAACAAUUUCAAGGCAAAUUGGGGGUAAAGAUAAAGCGUUAAAUUCUUCAUUACACAGAAACUGUUUGGAAAUGUUAUUAUAAUAAUAAUAAUUCGAGUAGAGGUAGCAAGAGAAAUGUCACGUCAAGUGCUUAUAGAUUUCAAGCAUCGUCUUAUGACUUAUAAUGUACUCACAAUAGACACCCCUUAUGUAACGUUAUUUUUAAAAUCAAGCUAUUACACAGUGUUUUCAUAUUCAUUGUAAAUGCAUGCAGCUUAAACAACCCGUGUACCUUUAUCGUUGACCCAUCUAUAUAUACCUAGACAGAUCAACGAUCAAGACUAUAGAUGUUUCUGGUUUCAAAUUUCGGGAGCGAUAAAAAAAUUCAAUGGAGAUUACGUUUGUGUGUGCUUGCUGAUGCUGUGUUAGUUCAUAAGCGUGCACGUACCUAAACUACCUACUUAUUUUAUUUUUGGCUGCACAGAUAAGUUAUAGAUAUAAUUAUAUCAGUACUUAUGGGGGCUUAGAUGACGAGAUAUUCAGAAAAUAUUUUUAAUGCAUAUAGUUAAGAUCUCAAUUUCCACAAGAGUGAAUCGAUUAUUAAAUUUUAUAUUAAGCACCUUAUUUUAAAUAU